AUUCAUUCCAUACUUUAGUACCUACCUCUUAAAUAAUUACAAUUAGAAUUUUACAAUGUGGUGUCGUAUUUUGUUUUAUUUUGUAAUAUUCCAUAGUGCAGUUCUAAUUAAUGGUGAAAUCAGAGAGGCAGUAGCGCAUUUGAUUUCAGAACAUGUCAAUGGGAGUAUAUAUUUUACGGAGGCAAGUAAUGGACUUCGUGUUUACGGCACAAUAACGGGAUUAAGUACUGGACAGUACGGUUUCCAUGUACAUGAGCUAGGAGACACGAGUACAUGUAUUGCGACGGGUGCGCACUUCAACCCUUACGGAAAUUACCAUGGCGGGCCAGAUCACACCGUGCGUCACGUUGGCGAUCUCGGAAACGUGCGGUUUGUCGGGAAUACCGCAGUAAUUGACUUCGUGGAUAAUGUCAUAACACUUCGAGGUCGAAAUAAUAUUUUAGGUCGUGGCUUGGUACUUCACGAACAGGAAGAUGACCUGGGUUUAGGUGACCAUGAGACCUCCUUAACGACUGGAAACGCUGGUGCGAGAAUAGCGUGCGGUGUAAUAGGAAUACGAUCACCAUCCGAUUGGAAUUCCGGAUUAUCAGUUUAUCCAUCUUUAUUGUUACUUUUUAUCGGUCUGUUGUUUUUGACACUUAAAUGAUUGAUUAAUUAUUUAUAUUUAUUAAUUUUAUGUGUAAUUUUGUACCUGU